AUGAGCGUCACAUUUGAUGUCUUCCGCGGUUCGAAGAAGGGAAAGAUUGUCGCAGGCACCACUACUCGCACAUUGCAACCCAAUGAAGUGUUCAUCGAAACCACUCAUUCGGGUCUCUGCGGUACUGAUGAGCACUACCUGAAGACUGAAAUGGUCCUCGGCCAUGAAGGUGUCGGCGUCAUUCGUCAGAUUGGCCCAGCUGUCACUAACGUGAAGGUUGGUGACCGUGUUGGAUUCGGUUAUACCCAUUACGUAUGUGGAAAGUGUGAGAAGUGCUUAACUGGGUGGGACCAGUACUGUGAGAACAAAAAAGAAUACGGUUACGCUGAUUUAGACAUUGGGUCUUUUAGUAGCGGUUGUGUUUGGGAUGCCGGAUGUGUGGUUCCCAUUCCUGAAGGAUACGAGUCUGCUGACGCUGCUCCCUUGAUGUGUGCUGGUGCAACCGUCUGGACUAUCCUGACUGAAUAUGGUCUCAAAUCCACAGAUCGCAUUGGUGUGAUGGGUAUUGGUGGCCUAGGCCACUUGGCCAUUAAGCUUGCCUCAGCCAUGGGAUGCCAUGUGGUUGUUCUCUCUAGUUCUGAGGCUAAGCGUGAAGAGGCUAUGGCUUUCGGUGCCUCCGAGUACCAUGUUUUCCGAUCCGGUGACAAGUUGCCCGACUUUAAGCCUGUUAAGCAUCUUCUACUCUGCGGAAGUGCCAAUGUUGACUACCCUAGUCUUAUGCCUUUGAUGGAUAUCCACGGAGUUAUCUACCCCUUGACUGUUGACAUGAGCAACGCACCUAUCCCUCUUCUAUACAUGAACCAACAUGGCAUUCGCGUCCAAGGCUCUCUUGUUGCAUCUCGCAAAGCCCUCCGUUCACUGGUUGAGUUUGCUGCUGAGAAGAAAAUUACUCCUACCUCAAUGACAUUCCCUCUAACUAAGGAUGGCAUCGAGGACGCAAUGGAAACUCUUCGCUUUGGAAAGAUGAGAUACCGUGGCGUUCUUGUGCGAUAG